UAGCUAGUUAGAGCUCUUUGUUUUUGUCAUCACCCCAAAGUCAAAAUGUCCUGGCUGUGUAACAGUCUACGUUGUGUCCCAUAGCUAUUCGAGGAUAGAUAUUGUAAAGGAUAGCCUACUGAUAAACUUUUUCAGACAACAGAUUUAUUUUCCUCAGUACUUUUUUUUUGUUUUUGUUUUUUUCCCCCUCCGCUUGUAACUGAAGAGGAAGGAGACUUCUGCCUAAGGUCGUCCUAAAGUUAAGAGAAGGUCUACAUUGAAGGUAGCAGCCAUGGUGUUGAUUCUGGGCAGACGGAUGAACAGGGAGGACUCUGGGAUCAGAGACUCACCAGCUGUCAAACGCAAGGUGUUUGAGGUGGACUCCAAAACUUUAGCCACCCAGGAUGUGUUGGACUUUUGUUCUGGCUCAUCCCACUCAGAGGGCAUCCUGCAGGUAUUCAAUGAGUUUCGUGACUGCCGCCUGUUCACUGACGUGGUCAUCAGUGUGCAGGGCCGCGAGUUCCCCUGCCAUCGUGCUGUGCUCUCUGCCUGCUCUUCCUACUUCAGAGCCAUGUUCUGCAAUGAUCACCGCGAGAGCCGCGAGAUGCUGGUGGAGAUCAACGGCAUCCUGGCUGAGGCGAUGGAAUCCUUCCUCUCUUAUGUUUACACCGGCCGCGCUAAGAUCACCACUGAGAAUGUCCAGUUCCUCUUCGAGACCUCCAGCCUUUUCCAGAUCACCACACUGCGUGACGCCUGUGCAAAGUUCCUGGAGGACCAGCUUGACCCUUGCAACUGCCUGGGCAUCCAACGCUUCGCCGAUGCCCAUUCCCUUAAGCAGCUAGCCAGCCGCUGCCGCAGUUAUGCCCUGGCCAAUUUCUCAGAGGUGGGUCAGCAUGAGGAGUUCCUUGACCUACGCAGGGAAGAGCUGGAAGAGUACAUCUGCAGCGAUGAGCUAUCCGUAGGUAAGGAAGAGGUGGUGUUUGAGGCGGUGAUGCGAUGGGUGUACCACAGUGUGGAGCACAGGAAGCCCUUGCUGAAAGCCCUGCUGCACCAUGUGCGCCUGCCCCUUCUGCACCCCAACUACUUUGUCCAGACGGUGGAGGGAGACCUGCUAAUCCAGAAUGCUCCAGAGUGCUACCAGCUCCUCCAUGAGGCCAGGCGUUACCAUGUGCUAGGAAAUGAAAUGAUGUCACCCAGGACCCGUCCACGCAGGUCAACCGGCUACUCUGAAGUGAUUGUGGUGGUGGGGGGUUGUGAGAGGGUGGGCGGCUUCAACCUGCCCUACACUGAAUGCUAUGAUCCAGUAACUGGAGAGUGGAAAUCACUGGCCAAACUGCCUGAGUUCACCAAGUCAGAGUAUGCCGUCUGCGCCCUCCGCAACGACAUCCUGGUGUCAGGUGGUCGUAUCAACAGCAGGGACGUGUGGAUGUAUAACUCUCAACUCAACCUGUGGAUCAGAGUGGCUUCUCUUAACAAAGGCCGCUGGAGACACAAGAUGGGCGUCCUACUGGGAAAGGUCUAUGCUGUAGGUGGCUAUGAUGGCCAGAGCCGCCUGAGCAGCGUGGAGUGUUACGACUCCUUCUCAAACCGCUGGACAGAGGUGGCUCCAAUGAAAGAGGCGGUCAGCUCUCCAGCUGUGGCCAGCUGUGCCGGCAAGCUCUUUGUCAUAGGAGGAGGGCCAGACGACGACACUUGUUCAGACAAGGUCCAGUGCUAUGAUCCAGAGACUGACACUUGGUUACUACGGGCCAACAUCCCCAUUGCCAAGCGCUGUAUCACAGCAGUGUCCCUCAACAACAUGAUAUAUGUGUGUGGAGGUCUCACCAAAUCCAUAUUCUGCUACGACCCCGCAGAGGAUUACUGGAUGCAUGUGGUACAAACCUUUAGCAAACAGGAGAGCUGUGGCAUGUCAGUGUGUAAUGGUAAGAUCUUCAUCCUUGGUGGCAGAGGGGAAAAUGGCGAAGCAACAGACACCAUCUUGUGUUAUGACCCGUCAACAGGCAUCAUCACAGGAGUAGCAGCCAUGCCACGGCCUAUCUCCUACCAUGGCUGUGUAACCAUCCAUCGCUACAAUGACAAGUACCACAGGCUGUGACCAUAAACCAACAAACAUAUAUACACACACACACACACACACACACACACACACACACACACACACACAUAUGAGUGCACACAAUAAAGAACUCUUUGAAGCUUGGGCUAUUCAAGUUCACCCCAUGCACAGCACAAACACAGUGAUUUAUUUUCUCACAGCAUCAUGUAGCAAUACUUGUGAUGCUGUGAAUCUGUUGCAUCCAUAUUUUAGUCCUAAUGUGGAAGUGCUCAGUUGUUGAUGACACUAAUAACAUGGAGUCAGAUGGCAGAUGUGCCUUGCAUUAGUUAGGAACUUCACAAUGUUGGGAAGUAAUGAAUCAUUAGAAAAUUUGCAGGUCAUGCAAAGAAAAUGAAUAAUUCUGACUAUAGAGGAUGGAGAUCCUUUUGAACACUUAAUUCAAGUUUCUAUAUGAUAAUUGUUUGCUUUUCUAACUACAUGUUUAAUUUUUCGAUAACACCACUUUCAAACAAACUAAAAAAGCUGUUACAUGCAGGUGAUC